CCGCGCACAAGCACGAGCCAUUCAGCGUGAUGAGGACCGAGAUGAAGCUGUGGGUGCUGUUGCUGUUGGCGGGACUCUGUGUCCAGCGCGCGUCCCUCAUUCCGGGACCCCCCCCGACCUGUGAGACCCCCGCAGUCCUAAAAUUCGCAGAGUUGGCCCUCAACAAGAUCAACGCCGACAGGCAGGAAGGCUACAUAUUCGCCUUUAAUCGGGUUCAUGAUGUGCAAAAGGAGUAUAAGGAAACAGGUGGGGCAGUGUACAACCUGACCAUUGAUUUCCUGGAAACAAUGUGUCAUGUAUUCACCAGGAAGAAUCAGAGUGAUUGUCAGAUCAGACGUGUUGGAGAUGUUCCGAAAUAUGGGAACUGUGAAACAAGCAUUUUUGUAGAUUCAACUGAACAAAAAGUUGAGCUCUACAAAUACAGCUGCACCAUGCAGCCAGUACCGUCCUUAGUCAUUGUAGGAGUAUGCCCAGACUGUCCCACCGGCACAAACUUUGAGGAUCCCAAAGUACUGAAUGCCGCUGACCUCUCACUGAAGAAAUUUAACGAAAUGAGUAGCCUUCCAAACUACUUCGCUCUCCUCAACGUGACCAGGGCCUCGAUGCAGUGGGUUGUUGGCCCAUCCUACUUUGUGGAAUACACCAUUCAGGAAACAGUGUGUUCUAAGGCAGCACCUGGCGUCGAUGUGUCCCAGUGCAAACUGAUGGACUGUGAAUUUGCGCACAGGGGACUCUGCACAGGCUCCCACGUGGAAGUUCGGCUGACGCCGGAGAAGAAGGUGCACAUCGAAGCAAAAUGUGAAAUCUUUGAACCAGAGGCUGGGAAGGCUGAAAAAGCGAACCACGCGCGAGAGGGCGCGCACAGCUCCGAUUCGGGCGAAGAGCAAAAACCCGCCGACCAAUCGCACAAGCACGAGCACGGACACCUGCACCCGCACGAGCACCACCACCCCCAAGCCUCAAAUGACGGUCCCUCUCGCCCGAAGGCCCGAGCUCCGCUGGGGUCUGUGCAGGUUCUUCCUCCCCCGGUUUUGCCAGUGCCGAGCAGAGCUCCACCGACGGCGAGCGGUUGCCCUGGAAACAGCACGCACAACCUCUACUUACGAAAUUUUGGGAUAUGAAUGGCAGCAGUAGAUAGGCUGCGGCAGGGGCAACGCAACAACGGCCGAUCCGUGUCAGCAUUCUGUGGCAGCCUCUGCUCUUAAUCAUUUAAUUCAUACUAAAUCAUAUAUCAUAUUUUGAUCUGACAUUUGUAUAAGCGCCAGCUGCAGCCGCAGACUGCAUGUGCAUCCUAAAGAUUUUACUAUGCCCAAGUACUGUGGUGAACCAGCGUAGUUUAUAGAGGGGUCAGAAAACUAAAACUAACUAAAACUGGUUGGAACAAAAAUCGGCAUGCAGACCAGCCCUCCAGGACCGGAGUUGUCCACCCCUGUGUUACAAUCAUAGGCACAGGUUUUAUUUCACAAUCUCACAACCACAGUCUAGUCGAACUAUGAAUUCGUAUGGAAAUAUUUGGGGUGACAAGUUGGGGGCGACAUUACAAUCUCCCCGCCUCCCCCUAAAC